UUCUCCAUUUCUGCCCGUUUUCCCCCUUUUUUUCUCCCGUCCCCGCCGUGUCCCCUCACGGCCCGCCCCGCCGGGCCGCACAUGCUCGCUGUGCCCGACAUGGCGGCUCCCAGCGCGGGGCUGCGCCAGCGCCGCCCGGGCCGGGCCGGAGCCCCCGAUGGAGCUCCCGGAGCGGCCCCCGCUGCAUCCCCCGAGCCCGGGCUCGCUACCGCGGCCCCGCCGCUCUCCCCGGGCACCUUCUGGCUGACCCGCAUCGUGCUGCUGCGCUCCAUUGCCUUCCUGUACUUCGUGGCCUUCCUGGUGGCCUUUCAGCAGAACAAGCAGCUGAUAGGAGAGAAGGGGCUGCUCCCCUGCAAGCUCUACCUGCAGGAUGUCAAGAAAUACUUCAAGGGCAAGGUCGGCCUGGAUGCCCUGAGCUAUGCCCCCACUCUCAUCUGGUUCCUGGACUGGUCUGCCAUGGACAGCACCUUGGAUUGCCUGGCCCUGGCUGGCCUGGCAGUGGCAGCCUUUGUGCUGCUGACUGGCUGUGCCAACAUGGUCCUCAUGUCCCUGCUGUGGCUCCUCUACCUCUCCCUGGUCAACGUUGGACAGAUCUGGUAUUCCUUUGGAUGGGAAUCACAGCUCCUGGAGACAGGAUUCCUGGGAAUAUUCCUGUGCCCCCUCUGGACCCUGUCCCGCCUGCCCCAGGGCUCUCCUCCUUCCAGGAUUGUCAUCUGGAGUUUCCGCUGGCUGAUUUUCAGGAUCAUGCUCGGAGCGGGGCUGAUUAAAAUCCGAGGAGAUCGCUGCUGGAGAGAGUUAACUUGCAUGGAUUAUCACUACGAGACGCAGCCGGUGCCCAGCCCCAUCUCGUACUUCAUGCACCGCUCGCCCUGGUGGUUCCACCGCCUCGAGACCUUGGUCAACCACUUCAUCGAGCUGGUGGUGCCCUUCUUCCUGCUGCUGGGCAGGAGGAUGGGCAUCCUGCACGGCCUCCUGCAGAUCCUCUUCCAGGUGCUCCUGAUCAUAAGCGGGAACCUGAGUUUCCUGAACUGGCUGACCAUGGUGCCCAGCCUGGCCUGCUUUGACGACGCCAGCCUGGGGCUCCUCUUCGGCUCGCGGCUGCGGGAGCGGGCGGCGCGGCUGCAGCUGCCGGGGGCGCGGGGACAGCGGCUUUCCCUGGGCUCCUGUGUCCGCAGAGUGCUGAACAUCUCCUUGGGCCUCCUCAUCACCUACCUGAGCAUCCCGGUGGUGCUGAACCUGCUCAGCUCCAGACAGGUCAUGAACACCUCCUUCAACCCCCUCAGGAUCGUCAACACCUACGGAGCCUUUGGGAGCAUCACCAAGGAGAGGACAGAAGUCAUCCUUCAGGGAACGUCCAGCCUGGAUCCCAAUGACCCCACAGCAGUCUGGGAGGAGUUUGAGUUCAAGUGCAAGCCCGGGGACUUGAGGAGGAGGCCGUGCCUCAUCUCCCCCUACCACUAUCGCCUCGACUGGCUCAUGUGGUUUGCUGCCUUCCAGACCUACGAGCAGAACGAAUGGAUCAUCCACCUGGCUGGGAAGCUGCUGGCCCAGGAGGAGGAGACCUUGUCCCUGCUGGCCACAAACCCCUUUGCAGGCAGAGACCCUCCAAGGUGGAUCCGGGGGGAACACUUCAGGUACAAGUUCAGCCAGCCCGGGGGGAAGCACGCCCGCGACGGGAAGUGGUGGAUCCGGAAAAGGAUCGGCCCCUAUUUCCCCCCCGUCAACCUGCAGGGCCUGAGGAAGUUCUUUGAGGACAGGAAUUGGCCUUAUCCCGUGCAGGACUGAGGGAAAAGGAUGGCCGGGACAAGAGGGACCAGCGGGGAAGAUGGAGAACAGGCAGCUCCCUUCCCAACACCUCCUGCCUCUGUUUUAUAUCCAUCUCCGUGUUCACGCCUGCUUUCCAGAACAUUCCCAGCCAGUUUGCCCACUUGCUCUGUGAGCUGCUUUUUCUCACCUCAGUGGUUGAUUUCUUUUGCCAGGCUGCUCCAUUCAGGAAUUCCUCUGGAACUGGGAAAAAGGCAAGCAAAUAACCAUCACUGGUUUUGGGCGAGGCGUUGGUGUUGCCAAAAGCAGCUGAACGUGGGUUUGAAACAAAAAUGGGAAAACAAACCAGGAAGGAUCUCUGGGGUUGUGUGGGCUGUGGAGGCAGGCACAGGAAUGCCCUUUUCCAUGUUUCCUUGCACCUUUUUGACCACAUAUACCAAAUGGGCACCACUGGGAACGUGUUCCUGGAAGGGAUUAAAGGAAACAA